UGAUUGCUUUGAGUACCGUUCAAUUAUUCCAGUUCAAACUGAGCCGUUUUCUUUCACUUAUCGGGAAGAUUUUCUUUUUUAGCCGAAAAGGGAUCGAGCUCGUCUCCGGUUUUUCACCGAUUUGUGGACUUUAAAUCAAAGACAAACGAGGAGGAUAUUUAUUUUUUUACUUCAAACUUGAAUGUUGGAUCGUUUUUUGCUCGCUGAACGACCAGGCCCCGGACUCAUCCCCAGCCUCGCGUUGCCAGCUCGGGGUUUUUGUUGGUCGUCAUGGGAGACACCAGCGAGCGAAGCAAAGCUCCGAGUCUACCUCCGCGGUGCCCCUGUGGAUUCUGGGGGUCCAGUAAAACUAUGAAUCUCUGCUCCAAAUGUUUUGCUGACAUCCAGAAGAAGCAGCCAGGAGAGGACUGCACCUCCAAGCCCAUCCAAAGCACCGGGAGUAGUAGCCAAUCGCCCGUUUUCAGUAGCGAGACGAGCAGUAGCAGUAGCCAAUCCCCUUUGUCGUCGUCGCCGCCCUCCAGCUCCGAGCAGCCGUCAGCGGAAGAGUCCUCGCCCACAUUUCCCAGCAUGAGGGAAGGCGUUUCGUCCACAGAAACAGCCCAAGGCACCCUCUGCACACCCACAAAACGUCCACGAGAAUCAGCGUCGGGCUCGGAGAGCGAGGCCACGCCGGAGAAACGGCCGCGGACAGACGAGCAGCAGCAGCAGGAGGAGGAGGAGGAGGAGGGGAGCAGCGAGGAGGCCCGCGGGACGCCCAAGCAGAAGAACCGCCGACGCUGCUAUCGCUGCCAAACCAAACUAGAGCUGGUGCAGCAGGAGCUGGGCUCGUGUCGCUGCGGCUACGUGUUCUGCAUGCUCCACCGUCUCCCCGAGCAGCACGACUGUCUGUUCGACCAUCUGGGCCGCGGGCGCGAGGAGGCCGUCCUCAAGAUGGUGAAGCUGGACCGCAAGGUGGGCCGCUCGUGCCAACGCAUCGGGGAGGAGUGCUCCUGAUUUGCCACGCCCGCGUUUUAUGACCCGCCAUCCGGUUAGAGAUGAGGCGCUUACAAAGAGGAGGAGGAACGAGGAGGAGGAGGAGGAGGAAUGACAUGUGGGGUUGAUGGGAGGGAGGGGAAGGGGGGAAGAAGAGGAGCAGAAGGAGGAGGAGGAGUUAGGGAGGGAGGGAGGACGGUUUUUGACAUCCUGCAUCUGACCCGACAAUUUUUUGGAUCUGAGCUCGACGCCGCCCUGUCGAUGUCCUGAUUUCCUGCGAGGAGCUUCUGUUUUGGACUUUGGACUCGGCUGCUCGGUGCCAGCAGGGAGGCCUGGCCGAGGUUUUCUGCGGAGCCACGUUCAGAAUCGCAUGUUCACACACAGCCUUAACCCAAACCCCCCUCUGUCAGUCUUCAGAGGACGGACACCAAUGCAGAGACGGAUCCAGUUAAGAGCUCCGCCAUUUCUCGCCAUCCUCUUCGGUCACUCCUUUUUUCUUUUUUUCUUAAACUAGGAAAUCACAGAGGACGAACUGUCGUAGCAUUCAGUUGGAUUGUCAUUCAAUAUAUAUAUAUAUAUAUAUAUAUUAUUUUUUUUCAUUUCUUGGUCACGGGUUGAGGGGUCCAGCUCUUUCCCAUGACCACUCCUCAGGUCGUCAUCAAGGGGUUGGAGUAUCAAACCUGUAGCCCCGCCUUCCUCUUCUUCUUCUUCUUUUCUUCCACUAACGUUUGGGUCCACAUGCAGCAUCACUUCCUGUGUUUGGCUCGUGCAUGGAAGCAGCAGACGGUGUAUUUGUGCAGGUUUGAGUGUGCUAAUGUGAGGCAGUCCGAGGACGCUGUCAUGGUUUGAUUUCCUUUUUUUAUUUUUAUUUUUUCCCCUUCCUGUGUGGCCGUCAUGGUGAUUAGCUCUGUUUCUACUGCGUAACCACGGCGCCGUGGAGGACAAUACAGCCAAUCCCUGCCUCCGCUCACACGGAAAGAGUCAAAUAUAUGAACAUCACACUAACGGAUACAUGGGCUGUGUAGCAGAUCCUCUUCUCCCUCUCUCCCCCCUCCCCCAGUUUGAGUAGUACUGUUGUUUUACAAAAAAGAAAAAAGAAGAAGAAGGGGAAUACGUCUGAAUUUUUGUAUUCAAAUGAAGAGUUGUUCGCCAAAACGCCACGAGCUCAUCACAGUUAAGAGUGCUAAACUGGACACGUUUAUUACCUAAUACCCUUUAACCUCUUCUAUAAUUUAUUUCUUAUUUUUUCCUUUUUGGUUAGGAUUGGGUGUCAUUGAAUUUUCUGUUUGGGACAUAAUUCUUAUAAUGUUGCUAUAAUAAUGCUUUUUUUUAAUUUUUAUUGAUUGCCCCCCCUCCCUCUCCCUCUCCCUCGCCCUCCCCCUCCCCUGAGGUGUUGCUCCUGUUCUCGAGCGUUCACUACAUCAUAGUGGUGCAGUCUGAAUCAGUGAUGUCACAACAUUAGGGUGAUGUAACACAGACAAUUUUUUUUUUACAAAUAACCCAAAGAUAAAAGAGAAAUCUGAUAGAAGAUGGAAAGUGUGCGAUAUGAUUCAGAGUCAUCAUCCAGGAUUUCAUCUCUUCUGUUCAGUAGUGACCUCGAUCAGCUCGGGGCUGGGCAGUAACACUUCAAAUGAUGACAUCACCUUAUUUCAUGUUUUAAUAUCAAACACAAUCACUUUUUAUCACCAGACAUGAUGUAAUAGUUCUAAAACACCUUUAAUCAUUUUUCAGUGACAUUAUUUAAGGAUUCUUUCUUUUAUAAUAUAAAGCAGUUCAGGUAUUUUUAAAAAAGGCUGCAAGCUGAGCUGCCACUAAGUCCUGAUGUCAUCACUUUUUUUCCCCCCCCGACAUCUUUAUUAAGAGAUAAAACAGGCGUGCACUUUGACUUUCUUUCUUUCCCCUUGUUUGCGCUCGCCUACUCGCCCCCCGAGCUUGUUUCAAGAGGUUCCACUUCCUGCUUUUUUUUUUUUUAAGAAUAGGGGUCUGUGUUUAUCGUCAACAAGGUUUUUAACAGCCGCUGUAAUAGUUUCCUCCUCUUAAAAAAAACAACACUGGAAUUAAAAUGAGGAAGACGCAGCGCCAUGCUUAACGUCUGUGGUUUUUUCACUCGCCCCUUAAGCAGACACGCGAUGUCUUUAAUGAGGGGGCUGCUAACCGAGCUGCUCGACACCCACAUAACAGACCAGUUCUGUCAAAUAAUUUACUCUUUUUAAGAUGGUAACAGGAGUUUACUGCCACUGUCAUGCACCCUGUUUCCACUCUGUUUUCAUUUUGUUGACGAUGCAGGAAGCAGAUGUGUUCAAAAAAGUGAAACAGGAAAAACAAACGCAGAGAAACUUUGUUAUUUUUUCCUGCGGUACUGUGAAGUAAACUUCUUAUAGAAGCCCUGUGAUAAAGAUUUUUCAGGUGUACGUUAUUGAGGGUGAACAUCUUCUGACAUCACUGAUUCAAACUGUCGCCGCUCUCCUGUGUUUAAGCGAUGCCUCGGCUGGAUUUUCGCUGCAGAUGACAACAUGUGAACGUUUAAAUUAAGUGGUUUCCUCCUUUUUUUUUUUCCCCUCGUGUGUUUUAAGUUCUGUCAUUGUUUGACUUCAAUCAGCCCUAAACAGUCUACCUGCUUGGACUUUGUGCUGUGCAUAUUGUUCAGUUUCACACUUCUCUUCCUUCUGCUCCUAAAGGGACAUUCUGCCCAAAUCAACUUCUUUGUUUGUGACUUUGCAGACGCUGACUUUUUUUUUCUUUCUUCUUACUCAGAUUUUUUCAUUUUGUCUGUUUGGUAUUUGGAGCUCGUUUGAGGUGCAUUCAAAAAAAGUUGGUUCAUAAAGGUACGGAUCUCAAUAGAAGUACUUUUGCAGUAUCACAGGGAGUGCAAUCCAACGAUGUUAAAAGUGUGUAUUUAAUUUUUCCAGUUUGGAGAGUUAAGAAACGAGCAGCAGUGGAUUUCCUCGAAACGCAGGAAAAUCAACACGCAUCACUUUUUUGUUUCUUAUUUUUCGCGAACGAACUUCAGAAAAGUUGAUUGAGGUGGAGAGCCCUCGUUACCAAACACCACUUAACUAUGCUAAUCCUCAUGCACAGUCCCCCCCAACCCCUCCCUCCACCCUCCCCCCCUCCUCACCCGUCUCGUCCUUUCCUGUGAGAACGCAGCGACAGAGGGGGCGGGGGGGGGGGGGGGGGACAACGUCGUGGCUGGUUCUUCUUUUGAUAUUUUGAAGAAAAAAAACCUUGUUUUUGUUUUUUUUUGAGUGCUAAUGAGAAACGGAAGAAAUGGAAUAUCUUUCUGUACCUUUUAGAGAAUCAAAUUAUUUAACCUUAUAUCAGUUUGAGUUACUUACACCCUAGCAUAGAGUGGCAUAUUUAGUUAAGUGUAUAAAAAAAGCAAGAACAUAAUUCUGUCCUAUUUUCUCCUUUAAUUUUAUCGUGUUCCAUUUUCUGCUGAGGAAAAUAAACUGGAUUAGAGGA